AUUUUUCCAAAUGCAGACCUGCGUCUUCUGAAGCUGUGUGUCUCCAUCAGAGACAAACUUCUACAGAAGAAAUAUGAUGAACACAAGGCGGACUACAGUGACCAGGUGCAGCGGGACCUGCUGGACGCGCUCCUGAGGGCCAAACGCAGCGUCGACAACAACAACACAGCAGAGACCAGCGCAGAGUCUGUGGGCCUCAGCGAGGACCACCUCCUCAUGACUGUGGGGGACAUCUUUGGAGCCGGUGUGGAGACAACCACCACAGUGCUGAAAUGGGCCAUCGCCUACAUCCUCCAUCACCCUCAGGUGCAGAGGCAUAUCCAAGAGGAGCUGGACAGAAAGGUGGGGGGGGACCGCCCCCCCCAGCUCAGUGACAGGGGGAGUCUGCCCUACCUGGAGGCCACCAUCAGGGAGGUGUUACGGAUCCGGCCUGUGGCCCCUCUGCUGAUCCCACAUGUGGCCCUCAGUGACACCAGCAUUGGGCCCUUCACAGUGAGGAAGGGGACCAGAGUCGUCAUCAACCUGUGGUCCCUGCACCACGAUGAGAAGGAGUGGAAAGACCCUGAGCUCUUUGACCCUGCUCGCUUCCUGAACAGUGAGGGCACCGGAGUGAGGGUCCCGUCCAGCAGCUACCUGCCGUUUGGAGUGGGGGUCAGGGUGUGUCUGGGCGAGGCCUUGGCUAAGAUGGAGCUCUUCCUCUUCCUGUCGUGGAUCCUGCAGCGCUUCUCCCUCUCCGUCCCCACAGGGCACUCUCUGCCCAGUCUCCAGGGGAAGUUUGGCGUGGUCCUCCAGCCGGCGCGGUACAAGGUGACCGCCACCCCCAGACCGGGCUGGGAGAGCGGCCACGUGUCCAUUUAGGACCAGACAGUCUUCUCUACCAAGCAUCAUCAUGCAGAUCAUGAACCGGACAUUUACUAGCAUCUCUUUGUAUGCAUGACAUCUUUGUUUCUUCCCAAUCUAACACAAUCUUUCCAAACAGUUUCAUACUAUAUUUAUAAGUGAUAUUUCAUUUAAUUUGUUCUACUCCUGUGACAUACUUCACUGAAUAAUCUACAUGUCUACACUUAUGGUUUCAUAUUCAAUAGGGGACACAAUAUUCCUGUUGCUGCCACAAAGGUUUGGGAAAGCACAUUUACUCUGCAGAUAAGAGUAAUUUCAAUGAUCUUUUAGGCAUUCACUGAACGACCAUGUGUAUAAGGGGUACUCCAACUUGUGUGACCGAAGGUUAGUGUAAAGGCGACCUCUUAACAGCAUGUUCAAAAGUGAUGCAAGAAAAGCCUGUGUUGAGUCAACUCAACCUAUGGGAGUGGUUUACCUAAAAUAAGUUUAAAGGAACCAUGGGCACUCAGUGUGUGGAGGAACGUCAGCUGUACUUAGAUAGCUGUGUAUCCUUAUAAGACAUAGCCUACAGCCCAGGGCUAGAGAGCUUUCUCUUAUCCACAAUGCCGACAGUGUUUACAUUCCUCAAAGCAUUCUGAGCAGAGAAUCUAGUCACUUCUAAUGAAACCUGAGCACUCACAGACUGCAAUGGCAAUUAUUGCCAUUGCCAUUAUUACAAAGGUGAGGUUUAGAGUGAUCCAUAUGCAGACACAUAACAGAUGAUUUCCGGUCAAUGCAGUUUAGUUUGAUGUUUAUUCUGAGUUGUACAAUACCAGGGUUCAAUCUUCCAGUGAGUGUUUGUUGUGAGGAG